CAGGGAGGCAGGCGGAGGGCCAGUCAGCCGCUCACAUCUUUUCUGCACCUACCAGCGAGUCCCCGUCCUCCGUCCUGUAUGGUGGAUAUUAUUUUCAGCUCUUCUUUCUUGGGUGAUAUGGGGGAUCAUUCCAAAAAGAAGCCAGGAUUCGCGAUGUGUGUCGGAUGUGGAAGUCAGAUCCAUGACCAGUACAUACUGAGAGUCUCUCCCGACCUGGAGUGGCACGCAGCCUGCCUCAAGUGCGCGGAGUGCAGCCAGUACCUGGAUGAGUCGUGCACUUGUUUCGUCCGGGACGGAAAAACUUAUUGCAAAAGAGAUUAUGUAAGGCUGUUUGGAAUAAAAUGCGCAAAAUGCAACCUGGGGUUCAGCAGCAGCGACCUGGUGAUGCGGGCCCGGGAUAACGUGUACCACAUCGAGUGCUUUCGGUGCUCGGUGUGCAGCCGGCAGCUGCUGCCGGGAGACGAGUUCUCUCUGCGGGAAGAGGAGCUGCUGUGCCGGGCGGACCACAGCCUGCUGCUGGAGAGGAGCUCCGCAGGGAGCCCCAUCAGCCCCGGACACGUCCACUCCAACAGAGCGCUUCACCUGGCAGACCCGGUCACGGUGCGACAGGCCCCGCAUCGGAACCACGCGCACAAGCAGUCGGAGAAGACGACGCGGGUGCGGACGGUGCUGAACGAGAAGCAGCUGCACACGCUGCGGACCUGCUACAACGCCAACCCGCGGCCGGACGCGCUGAUGAAGGAGCAGCUGGUGGAGAUGACCAGCCUCAGCCCGCGGGUGAUCCGCGUCUGGUUCCAGAACAAGCGCUGCAAGGACAAGAAGAAGACGCUGCUCAUAAAGCAUCUCCAGCAGCAGCACAGUGAUAAGACUAACCUCCAGGGCCUCACGGGGACGCCUCUCGUGGCCGGGAGUCCAAUCCGACAUGAGAGCAACAUGCACGGGAACCAAGUGGAGGUCCAGACCUACCAGCCUCCAUGGAAGGCCCUGAGUGAGUUCGCCUUGCAGAGCGACCUGGACCAGCCAGCCUUCCAACAACUGGUGUCUUUCUCUGAAUCGGGCUCUCUCGGAAACUCCUCGGGCAGCGACGUGACUUCUUUGUCCUCUCAGUUACCGGACACCCCCAACAGUAUGGUACCCAGCCCGGUGGAGACGUGA